CACACCCUUGAUCUCAUUUCUCAUUUCCCUGCUCGUCUUCGGAUGGUUUAAAAGCUUUGCUUUCGAAUUGCUGUCUGUUUCUUAUCAUGUCGAACCGCACACGACUCUCCGGUUCCGGAUGUAUCAUUUGGCUCACCAUCGGGUUGAUUGCUCUCGCUGCGGUCGCCUGCGCACAGAAUGACAGGUUGGACCCCACAACGGGAAAACCUCCGAAUGAUGUAUCACUUAAGGAGAAAAUUGCCAAAGCCGACCUUGAACAGGCGGCGGAAGCCUCGCGUGCCUAUCGACAGGCAAUGCAAACAUUAUCCACAUUGACUGCACAUCCUCCGUCUCACACUUACGGUUCUGGUCCACAAAGCUCCAAAUCACCCUUCUCGUCGUUGUUUCCCAGCCUCCAGGGACAGGGGCCCCUGGGAAGCGCGACACGCAUCAUUCUCAAGCUGCAGCGUCAAGUUGUUGGUGGCGUUCUGGUUGCACUAGGGAAGGAAUCGAAGUCCAAGCGUGAAGAGGGGAAAGGAAAAGCUAUUAAGGUGGUAGACUUGCUCCAGCAUUCUGCUGAGUUGGGGAACGCAGAUGCUUUGUAUACCCUGGGGCAUGUUUCUCUGUUUCCUCCUUCCAAUCACUUUCCUUCCGACCCUCAACUCGCCUACGAUUCCUUCGCGGCACACGCGUCCAUAACAGGCAAUGCGUCGUCUCAAGCAUAUCUGGCCUUCUUUCACGCCAGUGGCUACAAGCAAAUCGUUCCUGUGGACCAAGCAAGAGCACAACUAUACUACACAUUUGCGGCCAAUGGUGGAGACAAAGGGGCGCAGAUGGCACUGGCAUAUCGGUACUGGAGCGGGAUCGGCACUCUAGAAAACUGCAAUCGCGCAGUGGACUGGUAUGCGCGCGCGGCGGAUCAAGCCAUGGAGACCUUCAAAGCCGGACCUGUCGGUGGACGAACACUGCCUCGUACUCAUACCAGACUGUCUGAUCUUGAGGGUGGUGUCUAUGGUCCUGGUGCCAGUGUAGCCUCGACGGGUCUAAACGCUCAGAAACCUGCCAUCCGCGCAGGUUUGUCUCGUGCUUCGGGUGAAACAUGGGAAGAUAUUCUGGACUACUACUUGUUCAAUGCGGAUAGACGCGAAUUAGACUUUGCAUAUCGCCUGGGCAAAAUCUUCUACCACGGCAGUAUCUAUCAAUCUCGUGGUGGUAUCGGCUCUGGGAGCGAGGGCGUUGGUGCUGUUCCACGUGACUUCGAGCGCGCCCGACACUACUUUAUAUCCAUUGCUCGAAUGGUCUGGUCGCGUGAUCCGACGAAUCCCCUUCAGUACACACCGAUACCAAUCAAGGACGAAAAACUGCCCCUGGGACUCGCUGCACCUAGUGCUUGCUUCCUUGGACGGAUGUUCCUUCGAGGUGAAGGGGUGAAGGCCGAUCCUGCGUUGGCCAAAAUGUGGUUCGAACGGGGCGCUGAGCAUGGCGAACGAGAAUGUCAAAACGGACUCGGUAUCAUUUGGCGGGACGGACUUAUUCCGUCCAUAAAACCAGAUCUGAAGAAGGCCAUGGCAUAUUUCCAAGCUGCUGCAGGUCAAGAGUUGGCCGAGGCUCAGGUUAGCGUUGCCAAGCAUCACUUUGCUCGAGGCGAGAUUAACUUUGCCGUCACCUUGUUUGAGACCGCCGUACUAUACGGUUCACCUUUCGAAGCAUACUACUAUCUGGGCCAAAUCCACUCUGUGCAAGCGACUAAUUCAGCCAUCCCUCCAGCAAUCGCAUCUGGGUCCUGCGCGAUGGCUGUUUCGUUCUACAAACUAGUGGCCGAGCGAGGUGUCUGGGGUGACGAUCUUCUGGAAGAUGCCGAGACGGCUUGGACGACCGAAACGGAUCGAGGCAAGGAAAUGGCUAUGCUCAAGUGGUGGAUUGCUGCAGAGCGGGGGUCUGAAAUCGCUCAGAACAAUCUUGCUCAUGUCUUGGAUCAAGACCGAAGUAUCCUGCGCCUGACUCGUUUUUCGCCGAACACACCUUCAAACGAGACUGCUCGACUGGCGCUGUCUCAAUGGACUAGAGCUGCUGCCCAGCGGAACAUCGAUGCACUAGUCAAAGUCGGGGACUACUACUACCACGGCCUGGGUGUCUGGGAGCAGACUGAAGCAGCUCGUUUCGAGAAGGCUGUCAAGUACUACCAAUCGGCAGCCGAUACCCAACAGAGUGCGUUGGCCAUGUGGAAUCUGGGCUGGAUGUACGAAAACGGUGUCGGGGUUCCUCGAGACUUCCACCUGGCAAAGCGUCAUUAUGAUAUGGCACUCGAAACUAAUUCCGAAGCCGCAUUCCCCGUAUACCUCUCCCUGAUCAAACUGUAUCUGCGCAGUUUCUGGCAUAGUUUGAUGGGGGGUCAAGGCGGUCUGAGCAUCUGGUCUUCCGACGAAGAUUCAGACCGUGCGGUCAAAGCGCCUGUCCAGCAGGUCCCUGCUAUCGACGACCAUGCUCCUCCUGCAGAACAGGAACGAAAAUAUGUCGAAGAAGACGAUGGGCCCUGGUACAUGGGCAAGGCCAAAGAUGAGUUUCUGCGCAGAUCCAAGGAGCCAUCAGAGGAUGAGGAUCCAAUCCAGGUGCGCAGAUUCGGUCGCUUUCGAAUCUUUCUGAUUCAGUCCCAGUGGGCGCGAGACCGACGGAAUGAGCAAGAGAGGGAAAGAGAAAGAGAUAGUGAAUUCCCAUCAGAUGAUUUCACCGCUCGACGAGGAGAUGACGAUGGUCAAGAGUACGAGAGUGAGGAUUUUUCGGACACCAUCCUGCUCAUGCUCCUGUGUCUGGCUGUGGCCGUGCUUGUCUAUGUGAGAACGCGAAUCGUAGAUCGGAUGCGGAGAGACCAACAGCCCCAGCCGGCAAACAAUGCUCCCGCGCCCGGGAUGUUCCCUCCUCCGGGUCCAGAGCAGGACAACUGGGCCGUACUACGAUGAGAGCUAUCAUCAAUGCAUUGUAUCAUUAGUCCUAUCACUCCAACGGUCGUGUACCCUUAGAAACAGUACUUAUAUCUGGCGGAUAAUCUGGAACGUUGGAGUCAACGACCGAAGUGGCGGCCCGACACAGCGAAUGUCCCACGCUUCCCCCUUUAGGCCUAAAGUGACGCUCUCACGUGCCAAGCAUCCGUUCCUCCUCAAACACUGAAACACUACUUUCAUCGCCAGCAACUCCUUCGUGGCAUAUCUAUUCUUUGAAAGUGCCACUAUGUCCUACGAUUUUGAGGGCCUGGAGCCCCUUAUCGAAGAAAUUCUCUCUGCCCCCGGCACGGACCUCGCGACUAUCAGUGCAAAACGCGUCAGGAAGCAGCUCCAGGUCCUGGACCCCGCUAUCACGGAGGAGUUCCUCAAGGAGAACCGGAAGGCAAUAGACAAUGUCAUCUCUCGCGUGUUCGGCCAAAAGUUCAGCGCGGACAGCCCUAAAUCCGAGCCCGACGAGACCGAGGUGCAGUCUGGCCCGAGCUCGCGCAAGAGGCGCCAAAGCGAGGAUGCCGAUGUCGGGGACGAGGAGGAAGAGACGGACGACAAUCCGGACGCGGAAGAAACUCGGCAGCCUCCCGCGAAGAAGGCUAAGAAACUCGCGAAGCAGGAGAUGAGCGACGCGGAAUUGGCGCGCCAGUUGUCGAGCGAGAUCAACGGCAGAGCAAGACGUACCGGGAGCAAACCGAAGGCGACGUCGGGCACAUCACCGAAGAAGCGGAAGACGAAGACGAAGACGAAGAGUGCAGAACGGGUGGUGGAUUCCGAGGACGAGAGUGACGAGACGCAAACGAAACGUCCAUCGAAGCGGAAGUCUAGUGAAGGAGGCGGUGCGAAAGGAGGGUUCGCAAAGCUGUAUCUGCUGAGGUGAGCUUAGUUGCGCGUCCGAAAGCACACGUUUUACAUCAUCAUGUUGCAGUGAGCCGUUGGCCGCCGUGCUGGGAGUCCCGUCGCUCUCUCGUCCACAAGUUGUCAAGCAACUGUGGGUGUACAUCAAAUCGAACGAACUGCAAAAUCCAAAAAACAAACGAGAAAUCUUAUGCGAUGGCGCGCUGCGUGCCGUGUUUAACGCGGAUAAGAUUGACAUGUUCAAGAUGAACAAAGUUCUGGGGCA